AGUCCAAUAAGAGUGCAGCUUCUUGAAAGUGUAUUUUGAAACAAUAAUAAGAGAUAAUUUAUUGUAAGUUGUAACUUGAAAUAGCUACAAAUUUGGGACAAUGGUGAAAAUAUACCCGGCAGCGACUAUCCUGUUAAGGAACCUAAGCGCCGAACAAACCAAUCUGAAAAAUGUGCUGCAGGAGAAAAUUCCCAAAGAACAAGAUAAAAUCCGCGAAUUCCGCAAACAGCAUGGAUCUUCCAAAGUCGGAGAAGUUACCGUUGACAUGAUGUACGGUGGCAUGCGCGGUAUCAAGGGUCUAGUUUGGGAAACAUCUGUCCUCGACCCCGAUGAGGGUAUUAGAUUUAGAGGACUGUCUAUCCCGGAAUGCCAACAGAAGUUGCCCAAGGCUAAAGGGGGAGAAGAACCCCUGCCCGAGGGUCUGUUCUGGCUCCUAGUCACCGGAGAUAUCCCGACCGAGGCUCAAGUUAAUGCCAUCUCCAAGGAAUGGGCACGCAGAGCCGAGCUCCCAGCCCAUGUUGUUACAAUGUUGAACAAUAUGCCCAGCAAGUUGCACCCCAUGUCGCAGUUCUCAGCUGCGGUGACCGCACUGAACAGCGAGUCCACCUUCGCUAAAGCUUACUCCGAGGGUGUACAUAAAUCCAAGUAUUGGGAGUACGUAUAUGAAGACUCGAUGAAUCUGAUCGCAAAGUUGCCUGUGAUUGCCGCAACUAUUUACCGCAAUACCUACCGCGAUGGAAAAGGUAUCGGCGCUAUUGAUGAUAACAAGGAUUGGUCAGCAAACUACUGCACGAUGCUCGGCUUCGAUGAUCCACAGUUCAGCGAACUGAUGAGACUUUACCUCACUAUUCACAGUGAUCAUGAAGGUGGCAACGUAUCGGCGCACACAACGCACUUGGUGGGAUCUGCACUUAGCGACCCUUAUCUUUCCUUUGCUGCGGGACUUAACGGUCUUGCUGGACCUCUGCACGGAUUGGCUAACCAAGAAGUACUUGUUUGGUUGGAGAAACUCCGUAAGCAAGUUGGUGACAACUUUACUGAGGAACAACUUAAGGAGUUUAUCUGGAAGACGCUUAAGUCGGGACAGGUGGUGCCUGGCUAUGGGCACGCGGUGCUCAGGAAGACGGAUCCUAGAUAUACUUGCCAGCGUGAGUUUGCGUUGAAGCAUUUGCCCAACGACCCGCUGUUCAAGUUGGUAGCAGCUGUGUACAAAGUGGUGCCUCCCAUCCUCACCGAGCUCGGCAAAGUCAAGAACCCAUGGCCCAAUGUAGACUCUCACUCCGGUGUCCUCUUACAGUAUUAUGGUCUGAAGGAGAUGAAUUAUUACACCGUGAUGUUCGGUGUGUCCCGCGCCCUUGGAGUGUUAGCUCAGCUCAUCUGGUCUAGGGCUCUCGGAUUGCCCAUCGAACGACCAAAAUCCUUCAGCACUGAGCUGCUUAUGAAACAAUUCGGAAAGUAAACAACUGUUGUAUAUUUGUUUUCACAUAUCUUAUAACAAAGAUGUGAGGAAUAUAACAUCGCAACCAACUUGACUUAAUUUAGUAAAUAAUUUCAGCCAUGGAUAUUUGUUCAGUCAAAAUUACCUUUGCAUUAAUUUAAAAAGUAAAAAGUACCAUAUUAAAUUCAGUUUAAAGUCUUUAAGAUUUAAUUGCAGUUGUUUUU